AUGAAUUAUGAAGUGGAUCAGCACGAUCUCCUUUUCUAUUGUCCCACUACAAAGGAAUCGGCUGCGGAUCGGGACAAAUUGAUGCGACUGGUGUUCCUGAAACGUUGCAUCAAGAUGUUCUACACCGUUAUCAUACUAGCCUCCAAGGUGGACAUCAGGGGAUCGGCCGUACUUACGAUCGGAUCCGGGAUCAUUUUCACUGGAGAGGACUGUACCGAAGUGUUCAAAGAUAUGUCGAGGGGGGUGUCGAUUGCGAGACUGGAAAAGGGCGACCCCGGAUCCAGGGCGAGUUGCCGGAUCAUCGCCAUGGACCACAUCCCCUCAUUGCCCAGAUCCUACAAAGGUAAUACUGAGCUGUUGAUCUUCGAAGAUCUCUUCUCCGGAUAUGUGAUUGCCAAGGCGAGCGGAUCCAGGACGGCUCAGACCGUGGCAGAAUCAUAUGAGGAAUGUGUGGUUCGCCGAUUUGGUGCCAGCGAGGUGAUCCGCCAUGAUCGUGAACCUGGGUUUAUGUCCGAUUUCUUUCGCGCGUUUAACAUGAUCCUGGGUCAGCGCCAACGUGCAACAAUGGCAUACAGACCUCAAGGGAACGGAUCCACAGAAAGAAUGGUGUAG